UCGCUGCGAGUCGCGACAGCUCAGCUCAGCUAGCUCAGUGCAUGCAAUGCAGCUGGAUAAGGAUCCGGAACUAAUUCGGUUUGAACAGGGCUAUAUAGCAAACUCUUGCGCAGCAUAAUGCACAUGCACAACUAGACGUCGACGCGAUACUCGUUAUAUGCGCUACGGUGAGACUGUGGACUGAUGUUCUGAACAGAGUCGGAGAAACCUCCCUGGCCUCGCCUGGUAUUGGCAAUUUAACAUUCCUUGCAUCGAAGUACAUGAAAUUAUUGAUAAGCAGAUAUGGAGAGUAAUAUGCGCUCAUGAUUAGAAGGAUAGUGUUAUUUCGUUUUAUCAACACUUCUUCGUUUCCUCAACAUCAUUCGUGCAUCCUUCAACCACUGGCCAGUCCAUGGCAUAGUCGCUAUCUCUUCUGAACCUUCACGAGAAGUUCCCCGUACGGUAAUGAUUUGAUUCCAUCAGCCAAAUGCUCAUUCAGACCAGUAGUAGCAUGGCGUCACAGGGCUGGACCGAGUUCUGCGAAACUGAAGCGCACAAGGCUGCUGUGAUCUUUGCACGCAACUACCGACAGUACAUGAUGGUGGCAGCAAACUCUUCCACUAGCCACUCCCAAGUAUCAGAACCCAUGCCUCAGGACAAUCCUGCAAGGUUUGCCCAACGUUUCACUGAACACUUCUUUGAGCACUUUGAAGCUGAAGCAAGGCGGGGGUUCCAUUCGGGUAACCUCCCUGAGACCAGUGUUGAAAAUGACAAUGCAGCGAAUGCACAAUUGAAUGGGAUCAGGCCAGAGAGCCAUGGGUCUGUAAACUCGUCACUAGGACGAUCAACUAGCUUGGUGAACAGUAGCUCUGAGGAAAUUCAGCAUAAUAAUAUGCAGGCUGAUGGCCUGACAGGAAUGGACAGACCCUUCUCUAUGGGAAGCAAAGACAUUGGCCGCAAACUAUCCUUCCGUAAUGUACGAAACAACUUCCGGAGGCGGUUCUGGCCGCAGCCGGAUAAGGAUCGGGAACGAGAGCGCUAUAACUUGAGGGACAUAGUCAGGGAAGGCAUCAUCAAUUUUCUAAGUGGAGAGGACAAUCAAGGAAGACAACGAUGGGAGCGGACUAGACUUGUCCUGAUGAAAAGGAAUGAAGGAUAUGUCUUAGAUUUCUACACUCCUCCAAAGUCAUCCAAACCCAAGACUGGUAUCUUCUGUUUCUUAAUUGAGGAGGUGAGGGAGACGACAGCAUUGGAACUUCCCGAAAGAGAAAACACGAUAGUUUUGAAGUCGGUCGGUAACUUAGAGUAUGUUAUCCAAGCUCAGAGUCAACAGGACAUGCAAUCAUGGCAUGCCAACAUUAACAACUGCAUGAGGACAAGUAUCAAUGCUAACCUGCUGAGUGGGAGAACCAAUGGCUUGUCUAAUGGUGGUGCAGUUCCUACUACCACCAAUGGUAAUGUUGGCAACGUGGGCAACAUUGCCAACAUUGGAAAUGCUGUAAACACUGGUGGUAGCCAAGGGAGUGUUGGGAGUAGUCUCGCAGGGGACAGGAUUCCACCAAGGUAAGAUUCUGAGGUAUAAAGCAUAUACAUUUAAGAGAUUAUCAAGAAAGGGAUCUAGAGAAAGAGCAGGGUGAUAGAUUUAGGAGAGAUAGAGAGAGAUAGGGGAAUACGGAGGCAAGAAAGGAAGGGGGGCUUCCUUCCAUUUAUUGAACAUCACGUGCCUAUGGUCCUGUUUUAUUUCUAAAACACCUGUUUUUCAUCUCCAAAUGUGAGAAUUGUAAUCUUCGAGAUUCACCAAAUCUGUCGCCAAUCAGUAGUGCCCAUGUCAGUCAUGAUGGGAAUUCCCAAUCGGCCCUCUUGCUACUAAAAAAAAUAAAAUACCUCGAUACAAAAGAGCACUUACUUUACCAUGCUUUUAUCUCCUUUGAUCAAAUGCUCAUGCUGUUCUGUUAUAUGUUUCAUAGAUCCUCUAUUCUGAGUAGACCUUAAGUGCCACAGGAAUGCAUGAAAUGUGUUCUGCAUCGAUAUGAAUACACCCUGGAAAACAUGUCUUAAUUCUAAUAUCUUGAAAGCCAUUGCCACCAGGCUUGCCCUUUUUCAGCCAAGUCUUCUUCUCCUCGCCUGGGAUCAGUUGGUUCACCCUGGGAGAUAUUCAAUAUGAGCAGAGAUGCCUGAACAGAAUUUCUCUUUCACAAAACUGUUUUCUAUUCUGGAGAUAUUGUUUGCAUCACGUUCUGUUCCCAUGGGGUGAAACUCUUCUCUUUCUCUUGAAGUAUAACAUCGUCAUGGCAACAUGCUUCCUUUAGAACUGCAGUAGUGGUGCAAUGUACUUUAGUUUUUAAUUUUCAUGUGUCAAAAGAGAGGUAUGGUAAACUUUACGAAAGUACAGCUUUUAAUUUCAGGGGAAUAGGAAGAGAAUGACAUGUAUGCCACACAUUCAUUUUCCUACAAUUCUACAUGUAUCAAAGCAUUUAUUGAAAAACAUACUUUUUUAUUAAUUGAAUAGUGAAAUUAUGAUGGAAGAAAGUAGACAAUCUGCAUUCUUUUCACUAAGCAUAGAGAACCAAUGCUCAUUUACACACAAAAUGUGACUGAACACCACAUUUUCAUCAUCAAAACAAGGUCACCUUGAGAUAUAGUACAUCAAAUAUUAACAGGGCUUUAGUUUGUAUCAGUGAAAAGAUUAAAUUCUUCACAGCAUAUUGUGUAUAGUUCAUACAAUGAAGUAAAGACUGAAAAAUUGCUUUAGUAAUUGUUUUCAGGGUCAUCUGGUUUCAAUUUCCCUGUUGACAAUGUAUGAAGAUAUAACACAAUAAGCUGAAAGUGAAAUUUGUUAUGAGGUGCAAGUACCUAUAAAACUAUCCUCAUAUUCAGCCAUAGAUUUUGUGCAAGAUAUUCCAUUCAAGACAGAAGAAGAGCACUAAAGUAUCUGAAUUUUUAAAUGAAACACUGUAUAUUUUAAGUGGUGCAUAUAUCACAUUCAUAGUGUUACUUUUGUUUUGGAUGCACUAUAUAUUAUUUCAUUGUAUUUUCCAGUUGAAUGACAGCUUAGGCAAAAGAAAACUAGUUUCAGAAGAUGUGAGAAAACAUUGUUGUAUUAUAUACAUGUAGGUUGAAAGUUCAGGUUGACAUACCUAAUGGCCAGCAUAUCAGAAAAUGAGUGUUUGCAAUAGGAAAUGGACUAUAAUAGUUCAUAGAAUCAAUUGAGGAUAUUUUUUUAUUAAUGGGUUUGCACUUUGAGGGAAUCUUAUGAUUUCAACUGUUGCAUGUAAUUCUAAAUAAUCAUUAUGUAAUGUAAUAUUUUGGUCUGACAAAAUAGGAAUGCAGCAAUAUUGUGAAGUUAAGGGGUAGUUUUUGUCAGCAAAAUGACAUAACAUAUGGCAUGUUUGUACAGAGAAUCAUUAAAUGGUAUUACCUGCGUAUCAAGAAUUCCAGAAAUUUUUCCUGUAGAAACAGACGCGAUGCGGCUUGUUGAUAAACUGCAUCACACAAAAUACGGUUUCUCAAAACCACCUCUAGGAGAUGGUUAUUGCCGGGUUACGUGACGCGGAAUGUGACUUAAUCAGAUUAUUCACUCUGUAGAAACACUUCUACCAUGUUUACACAGUGACACGGCUCGGGGGUUCGACACGCGAGCCGUGCUCAACACGGCAAUUUUAUGCUG